AUGACGCCAUUGUGGAUACUCGUCGAAUGGCUUGUCAACGUUCACACCGACAUUGCUUUGACACUACGUGGCGUAUCCGUAUCGGAAGCAGGAAGUUCAAACUCGUUCGGCGAUCAUCAACUAAACGUUGAUGUCCUUGCGGAAGACCACAUCCGUUCCGCCAUCGCUCAAUGCUCUUCCAUAGUGACCGCGAGUAGCGAAGAAGAUCCAAUCGAGAAAAAGGUACACUCGGAGGGGGGUACACCCAAGGAGUCGUAUACUGUGGCAUUCGAUCCUCUCGAUGGGAGUUCCAUCAUCGGUCCGAACUGGACUGUCGGAACCAUCAUAGGGAUUUGGGAUGGCGCAUCUGCGCUUUCGGAGUCAGAUCUUCCCCGCAGAAAACAAGUGGCCGCGAUUCUUGGCGUGCUGGGUCCUCGCACGACUGCUGUUGUUGCUUUGCGCGUGCCUGGUUCUGAGUCGGGUUGCUUUGAAGUUAGUUUGGCGGACAACGAGAUCGAAAUUGUUCGACCGACGGUACGGCUGGAGCCCCAGUCAAAGACGCGCUACUUCGCGCCCGCCAAUAUGCGUGCUGCAGCAGAGAACAAACAGUAUUUGGAGCUUAUCAAUUACUAUAUUGCCCAGAAGUAUACACUUCGGUAUAGUGGCGGCCUAGUUCCUGACAUCUUCCACGCACUUGUCAAGGGCCAUGGUGUAUAUAUCUCACCUGUCACGUCCAGCAGUCCGGCAAAACUUCGCAGACUGUAUGAACUUGCACCGAUUGCACUUAUAGUCGAGUGUGCAGGCGGAGUUGCUUUGGAUUCUGCCGAUGGAACCAACGUCCUAGACAAACCAAUUCGCGACACAGAUGAGAGAGGCGGACUUGUGUGCGGCAAUGGAGAUGAGGUGGAUCUUGUGAAGUCGAGACUACUUCAGAAGUAGUUUCUAAAUAGUUUCAAUUGAACUUACGAUCGAACAGCUGUUAUUGAGCUGAUUGAGGCUGUCAGCCUACUGGCGCGAGAUUAGCAGCUUUCCCUUCGUCUGGCCGAUAUAUAUCUCAAAUCAUGGACCAACUAUUGGCCAUUUACAUGGCGUUAACAUGUCAUGGGUUUGAUCACUCUAGACGACAGUACACAUCACGUUUUGUUCUAGGUUCUAAUUACUAUGCUAUUACCUCUUCCUGUUGUUUUCUCUUACAUCGUGUAGAAGUAUAUUGCAGUACCUCAUUUCAAAUAGACUUGUCGCUAGCUACAAUUCAUAAGCCACUGCCAGAUUACUAUAGGAG